AUGGCCGACCAAGUGGAGUCUGCCGCUGGCGUCGACACUCAAGGGCCGCCGUCGUCGUCGUCGUCCUCGCAAUGGUCCGAGCAUAAUGCGCCCAAUGGCCGCAAGUACUACUACAAUAGCGUCACGGGCGAGUCCACGUGGGAGCGGCCAGCAGAACUGUCCGUGCCAGCUCUCCAAGCGGAUUUGCCUCGCACUGGCGCUCCUCAGCAGCACCAGCUGCAGCAACAACAGCCGACUGCAGCUGGGUUCCCGCAGCCUCAGCAGCAGCUUGACGGUCAAGGACCACAGGGUGCAGCAGCAGCCUAUGGAGGCUAUCCGCAGCCGUACGGACAGCCGAUGCAGUAUCCGCCACCGUACGGAGGCAGCGGCUACAUGUACCCAUUCCCUCAGGCUUACGGUUAUCCGCCGCAGAUUGUGGGUCCGGGUCCUCCGAUCCAGACGACGGAGAGUGGCCAAGGACCUCCUGGAUGCAACUUGUUUGUCUUUCACAUUCCGAACGACAUGACUAACCAGGAUCUCUUCAAUUACUUUGCUACAUUCGGCAAUGUGAUUAGUGCUCGUAUCAUGGUGGAGAAAGAGACUGGCAGAAGCCGUGGCUUUGGUUUCGUGAGCUACGACAAUGCUCCGUCGGCGGAUGCUGCCAUUAAAGGUAUGAAUGGCUUCCAGGUUGGCCGCAAACGCCUGAAAGUGCAGCACAAGAAGGAGAAGUGCCAAGGUCCUAUGUUUGGCGAAAUGUCUGGACACAUGGACAAUAACGGCAAUGACAUGGCUGGUCAAGGCCCAGGAGCUGCUUCGCUGCCCCCGGGCAACUAG